CCGAGAGCUGCGAGCGUCUGGAGGAGGCGCGCUCGGCGCAGUCGGGGAGUGAAGUCCGGAGAAAGGGGCCCCCGUGCUGCCGCCGCCCCCUCCUGCCACCGUCCAGCUAGGGAGCCCGCGGCGGCCGCCGAUGGAGUUCACUUGAGCUGUGAUCCGGCGGGAGAGGCAGGCGCCCGCGAGCCGAGCGCGGGCCGGAGCCCAGCCAGCCCCGGGCGCUCACCCGCCAGCCCGCAAGCUCCGGCCAGAGGCGCCGCCGCCCCGCGCUCCGUCGUUGUUGCGCCUCCCGGGCCGCGCGCCAGCGAGAUACGCACAAAAUCGACUCCCGGAGCGGCUCCCUCCAGCACCGCGGCGGGCCCAGGACCAGGCAGCCCGCGGCGCGGCUGGAGAGGCGGGACCGGCUGUCGGGGAGCCCCGGGCGGUCGCCGGGGAGAAGCCGCCGCGCGCCCUCCUCCUCCUCCCACUCCCUCCUCCCUCCCUCCGCACAUGGUCUCCUUUGUCCUGUCGCCGCCGCCGCCGCCUCGCUCUUAGCUCCGCGCGCCGCGGCGGCGGCUCGGGCCGCUCCUGUCUGCCUCACCCUCCCGCCGGCCGGCCCGGGACGCGCCCCGCUAGCCCCCGCCGCGGCAGCCCGGCCCCGCGCGCCGCAGGAGCGGCCGCGAGACAGUGGCGAGCGCGGGCCGGGAGAUCUCGGCGGGCGCGCUCCUCCCGCCUCCCGGGGCCUCGGCCGCGCUGGAUGUGUGCGCGCGGCGCCGGCUCUCCGCCGCGCCGAAGCUGUUGCCUGGUUCGGAUCUGGUUCGGCGCCUCCGCUCUCGGACUUUGGCGAAGAAGGAGCCCAGAGACUUGUGGACCGAGCCCGGUCGGGAGUUGGGCGUUUUCUCUUCGUGUGAUUUGGUGGUUUCCCCCCUGGUCUUUGACGAUCGCCCUUCGGGAGCCCUGCUAAGGAACCAAACCAUGAACUUAGGGCUGACCGGACCGCUUAACCCUUUGCGACCAGGCGUCGGAUGCCAGCUCUGAAAAACUCUUCAACACUGUUAUUGUAAACAAAGAUCUGGAGUUAGGUGUUGGCACGCUACCAGAACAUGACAGCCAGGAUGCAGGGCCGAUUGUCCCCAAGAUAUCGGGUCUAGAGAGAAGCCAGGAGAAGAGCCAGGACUGUUGCAAAGAGCCCAUCUUUGAGCCUGUGGUGCUUAAAGACCCCUGCCCUCAGGUCACACAGCCGAUACCCCAACCCCAGACGGAGCCCCAACUCCGAGCUCCUUCUCCAGACCCUGACUUGGUGCAGCGCACAGAGGCCCCACCUCAGCCCCCACCUCCAAUUACACAGCCACCGCAGGGCCCUCCUGAGGCCCAGCUCCAGCCCGCCCCGCAGCCUCAGGUGCAGAGGCCACCCAGGCCACAGUCCCCCACCCAGCUGCUCCAUCAGAACCUCCCACCUGUGCAGGCCCACCCCUCCGCUCAGAGCCUCUCCCAGCCGUUGUCAGCCUACAACAGCAGUAGCUUAAGCCUCAACAGUUUAAGUAGCAGAAGCAGCACUCCAGCAAAGACUCAGCCCGCCCCUCCUCACAUCUCCCACCACCCCUCUGCCUCCCCAUUCCCCCUCUCCCUGCCCAACCACAGCCCCCUGCACAGCUUCACACCCACCCUCCAGCCCCCCGCACACUCACAUCACCCCAAUAUGUUUGCCCCUCCCACUGCUCUGCCUCCUCCACCACCACUGACAUCAGGAAGUCUGCAGGUGGCUGGACACCCGGCCGGGAGCACUUACUCAGAGCAAGACAUCUUGCGACAGGAACUGAACACUCGUUUUUUGGCCUCUCAGAGUGCUGACCGCGGGGCUUCACUGGGCCCUCCGCCCUACCUGCGGACCGAGUUCCAUCAGCACCAGCACCAGCACCAGCACACCCACCAGCACACGCACCAGCACACCUUCACGCCGUUCCCCCACGCCAUCCCGCCCACCGCCAUCAUGCCGACGCCAGCACCUCCCAUGGUGCGUACCCCAGGCAGAAAUUUUGACAAAUACCCUACAAAAGUUGACCCAUUCUACCGGCACAGUCUCUUCCAUUCCUAUCCUCCUGCAGUGUCGGGCAUCCCCCCUAUGAUCCCGCCCACUGGCCCUUUUGGUUCACUACAAGGAGCAUUUCAGCCGAAGACAUCCAACCCUAUCGAUGUCGCUGCUCGACCUGGGACAGUCCCACACACUUUACUACAAAAGGACCCGAGGUUGACAGAUCCUUUCAGACCUAUGUUAAGGAAACCAGGGAAGUGGUGUGCUAUGCAUGUUCACAUCGCCUGGCAGAUUUACCACCACCAACAGAAAGUCAAGAAACAGAUGCAGUCAGACCCACAUAAGCUGGACUUCGGACUGAAACCUGAGUUCCUGAGCCGCCCUCCAGGCCCCAGUCUCUUUGGAGCCAUCCACCACCCCCAUGACCUGGCACGGCCUUCAACUUUGUUCUCUGCCGCUGGUGCUGCACACCCAACUGGGACCCCUUUUGGGCCACCUCCUCAUCACAGCAACUUCCUCAACCCUGCUGCCCACCUAGAGCCUUUUAAUCGGCCGUCUACAUUCACAGGCCUAGCGGCCGUUGGUGGCAAUGCCUUCGGGGGACUUGGAAAUCCUUCCGUUACACCCAACUCAAUGUUCGGCCACAAGGAUGGCCCCAGUGUGCAGAACUUUAGCAACCCUCACGAACCCUGGAACCGGCUGCACCGAACGCCUCCGUCGUUCCCGACCCCUCCGCCCUGGCUGAAGCCAGGGGAGCUGGAGCGCAGCGCGUCCGCUGCAGCUCAUGACAGAGAUAGAGAUGUAGAUAAACGAGACUCAUCUGUUAGUAAAGAUGACAAAGAAAGGGAAAGCGUCGAGAAGAGACACUCCAGCCACCCUUCACCAGCACCUAUCCUCCCGGUGAAUGCCCUGGGACAUACCCGCAGCUCCACUGACCAGAUCCGGGCUCAUCUGAACACUGAGGCUCGGGAGAAGGACAAACCCAAAGAGAGGGAGAGAGACCACUCGGAAUCCCGCAAGGACCUGGCCGCCGACGAGCACAAGGCGAAAGAGGGCCACCUGCCCGAGAAGGACGGGCACGGCCACGAGGGGCGCGCCGCGGGCGAAGAGGCCAAGCAGCUGGCCCGGGUGCCGUCUCCCUACGUGCGGACCCCGGUGGUGGAGAGUGCCAGGCCCAACAGCACCUCGAGCCGGGAGGCCGAGCCGCGCAAGGGUGAGCCGGCCUACGAGAACCCCAAGAAGAGCUCCGAGGUCAAGGUGAAGGAGGAGCGGAAGGAAGACCACGACCUGCCUCCAGAGGCCCCGCAGACCCACCGGGCCUCGGAGCCGCCGCCUCCCAACUCCUCGUCCAGCGUGCACCCGGGGCCCCUGGCCUCGAUGCCCAUGACGGUGGGGGUGACGGGCAUUCACCCCAUGAACAGCAUCAGCAGCCUGGACAGGACUCGCAUGAUGACCCCCUUCAUGGGCAUCAGCCCCCUCCCGGGCGGAGAGCGCUUUCCGUACCCUUCUUUCCACUGGGACCCCAUCCGGGACCCCUUGAGGGAUCCUUACCGAGAACUUGACAUUCACCGGAGAGACCCGCUGGGCAGGGACUUUCUGCUAAGGAACGACCCGCUCCACCGGCUCUCGACUCCCCGGCUGUACGAAGCCGACCGCUCCUUCAGGGACCGGGAGCCUCACGACUACAGCCACCACCACCACCACCACCACCACCACCCGCUGUCUGUGGACCCUCGGCGGGAGCACGAGCGGGGAGGUCACCUGGACGAGCGGGAGCGCUUGCACAUGCUCAGAGAAGACUACGAGCACACGCGGCUCCACUCCGUGCACCCCGCCUCCCUCGACGGACACCUCCCCCACCCCAGCCUCAUCACCCCGGGACUCCCCAGCAUGCACUAUCCCCGCAUCAGCCCCACCGCGGGCCACCAGAACGGACUCCUCAACAAGACCCCUCCGACAGCAGCGCUGAGCGCACCUCCCCCGCUCAUCUCCACGCUGGGGGGCCGCCCGGUCUCUCCCAGAAGGACGACUCCUCUGUCCGCAGAGAUAAGGGAGAGGCCCCCUUCCCACACGCUGAAGGAUAUCGAGGCCCGAUAAGCCGAGAACAGGAGCACGAAUGAGGAAGAAACCCUAGGCAGACACCAGGCCAGACUUGAGAGACAGAACUCCUGCACGGCUCACAUAGACUGCGGGGACGGGGAAGCCCCACCUCUUCCCCUUGUAAAAAAUGUAUAGACUCUGCACAUUUUGAAAUGUUUUGUAUAUUAUAUGUUGAGAUUUUUCAGAUCUUUUAGCCCAGUCAUAUGUUCUCACGUCUCCUACUUUUUCUUUCUCGUAUAAAACUUUUUGAUUUGAACCAAAACAGUGAAGAUGACAACACACACCAAUUGGAUGAUAAUUUUGGGGGGGCGGGGGGAGAAGUCCAGGCCAUCCAUCAUGCAAAAUUCUUUCAGAUGAGGUGGGAAGACAGACAGUGUACAUAGUUAUGUAAAAAGAGAUUGCUUCAUGAGCUAAUGGUUCAUAUAUGCAAAAGGGUAAGAUGAAAGCUUUACUUUGUACAAAUGUAAAUAGGUAAAGAUUAAGUAACAUAAUACAUUAAUACUUCUUAAAAUGUGCUACUUGCAAACUUACUUAAUAUCAGUGAACACAGUCGGCUAAGGCUGUGUUCCCAUAUAUUGUUAUAGACAGCUAAACCCUUCAACUAUGCAAUGAAUGUUCGGGCUUUUCACAAAAGCCCGCCUAACUCAAAGGAGCCUUUUCAAAUCCAUUUACAACAUACUUAAGGUCAUAUUUUCCCUGAACAAGCGCUUACAUGAUAUGACUCUGUUUUCCUUGCUUGUUUUUUUUCAAACGGAGAAACAUCCUAUUUUGCAAAUUGGACCCCAGGCUGGAACUUAGCAUCUGAAGUUGCCGCUUGUGGGCUCUGGGGGAAAGUGCAGCCCCGGAGAGGUAACUGAGGACAUGAGCAACCGGUGCCAGGGAGGGUGGGAUUCGCCAGAUGCCAAAAUCAGGGGACGGGUGGUGGUGUCUGUCAGACACACACAGGUCGCCAGUGACUUCACACACACCUCAUGUGAGAACCAUGCCUUUUUUAGUGUGUCCUAUUUCAUACCUGUACACACUUCGUUUUGUAAUGAGAUUUACUUACACCCAAACAGAUCCUGAAAGAAAGCUUCAAGUUUUCUCAGAUGAUGGAUAUGUUUUCACUGUAUUCAAUAAGUGACCGAUGUAAGCUGCACGUUUCCCGAUGUGACGCACUGUAUUCCAGCUGGUGAUCAAGUCUGGGAAUAGCCGUAACAGGUCAACCUUGUGGAGCCAUCGCGAGUUAGAGGGUGAAAGAUGGCAGAAAAAAAGUCUUGUGUGUGAGUGUGUUUUUUGAGUUUGCAUCAAUCUUAAUGUCUCUUCAUAAUACUUUUAUAAUACAUUAAGCCUCUUGUCUACAUAUUUGGAGAGAAUAUGACUUUACUAGCAGAGAAAUACACUAUAUCUUGUCUACUGGACUGUAAAAUAUAUGUAUGAAAUAAAAUUAGUUCCAUUUGGUCUUCUAGUAUAUUAAAGUGCUAUCUGACGUUGUUAUCCUGUUUUUGCAAAAAAAAAAAAAAAAAGUUCAGACCAUUGUUUCUAAUAAGCAGAGAGAUCUAUUUUAGUAGUAAACUGAAGGUUUAGUUGUGAGCUUCAGAUUUUGUGAACUCCAGAUGUUGUGCGGUGUUUUUUUUUUUUUUUUUUUUUUUUGUUAUUUUGUUUUUUUGUUUUUUUAAAGACAACAACUAAAAAAAAAAAAUCCAAGGAAUAUGUACACUGGAACUGUAGUGGUAGCUUUCAGUAUUGUAAAGAGAUUGUUCUAUACGGACCUUUUUGCUGUUUAUCCUGUAUGUAAUAAAGUCCUUUCUAGAUCCUAUGUGAAAAGAAAAGUGAAGCAACUGAAUCUUCAGCAUGUUCUCAUCGGCGGAGCCUUCUUGUGUAAUGUAAACUGUGCCAUGUUAUUAAAAAAUGUGAACUAAGCUUCC